AUGAAUAAUCCUUCGGUUUUAGGGUACCCUUCAUUAUCUAGCCAACCUGCUGGACCACAGAGGACUGUCACUCCAAAUGCCAUGGGCGCUCAGUUACAUACCCCUCCAGGUUUGAUGAGCGCUGGUGGCAACGACUACUCUAUUCAGUUGUUGCAACAACUAAAUAACAGCAACAACAACAACAAUAAUAACAACAACAAUAACAACAACAACAAUAACAAUACAAACGUACAAAGCCUGCCUCCAGAUGAAAAUAUUAAUAACCCGUUGUUUCACCCACAUUUAGAGGACCCUUCCUUGUUGAGUAACCCAAUUUGGAAAUUGCAAUUACAAUUAAUCUCUAUCUCAAUGCAGACUUUGGGCCAACCAAACGUAUAUGCAAGACAAAAUGCAAUGAAAAAAUAUUUGGUUACUCAAAAACAACCUUCUCAAAAUGGCGGUAACCACGUAGCAAAUAACAACGGUAACGGUAUGAACUCUAAUAAUAAUAAUGGAAAUGGUAAUCCUCAAUUAAACGAAGCAUCCAUGUCGUUAGUAGAUAAAACAAAACAAUUGUUAAUGGAAAUGGCUUCCGACACUCCAAAUAGUAAUGACCUUUCAAACGAUAUUAAAAACUCCUCUUCUCAACAACAGGGCCAACAAAAUAAUACAAAUUCAACAAAUAGCACCAUUUCUACUCCAACCACUCCAAAGACAGAAUUAAAUCAAUUAUCAUCUACUCCAACAACCACAUCUCUAUUACUACAACAUAAAAAACUAUCCCAGUAUAAUAUAGACGAGGAUGACGAAGUCGAACAACAAAAUAGAAUUAUUACUCCUGACGAAGUUAAAUUCAACGACCAAUUAUGGCAUGCCAUUGAUCUGUCGAAUCUGAAAAUAUUUAAUGUCAACAAUAGAAUCUUCGAUUACAAAUUCUUAACCAGAUUAUACUUAAAUGGUAACAAUUUAACUUCUUUACCAAAGGAAAUUAAAAAAUUGAAUAAUAUCAGGGUACUAGAUCUUUCUCAUAAUAAAUUAACGGAAUUGCCAACAGAAUUAGGGUUUUGUUAUCAAUUGAAAUAUUUAUAUCUAUUCGAUAACUUAAUCAAAACUUUACCUUGGGAAUUUGGAAAUUUAUCGAACUUACAAUUUUUAGGUAUUGAAGGUAAUCCAUUAGAUAAAAAAUUAUUGAAAAUUUUGGCAGAAAAAUCAGUAACAGGCUUGAUUUUCUACUUAAGAGAUAAUAGACCCGAAAUCCCAUUAGAAAAGGAUAGACAAUUUAUAGAGAUUAAUACAGAUGGUGAUAUACAAGAUGGUUAUGAAAAUGUAGAAGUUUCAAACGAACAUUUAAAUCCAGAACUACAAAAGAAAUCAUUCACUGUAUUGUCCUAUAAUACUUUAUGUCAACAUUAUGCAACUCCAAAAAUGUAUCGUUACACUCCUUCUUGGGCCUUGAGUUGGGAUUAUAGACGUGAAAAAUUAAAGGAUCAAAUUUUGUCAUUUAAGAGUGAUGUGAUUUGUUUACAAGAAGUCGAAUCCAAAUCAUAUGAAGAAUUUUGGUUACCACUACUACAGAAAAACGGGUAUGCUGGUACUUUCUAUGCUAAAACAAGAGCUAAGACAAUGCAAACAAAGGAUUCUAAAAAAGUCGAUGGUUGUUGUAUAUUCUAUAAAGAAUCCGAAUUCAAUGUACUCUAUAAAGAUUCGGUAGACUUCAGUGGUGUUUGGAUGAAGCACAAGAAGUUCCAACGUACAGAAGAUUAUUUGAAUCGUGCAAUGAAUAAAGAUAACGUUGCUUUAUAUAUGAAAUUGGAACACAUUAAGAGUGGAGAAUCGGUUUGGGUAGUAACCACACAUUUGCAUUGGGAUCCUCAGUUUAAUGAUGUUAAAACUUUCCAAGUUGGUAUAUUAUUAGAUCAUUUAGAAGAAUUAUUAAAGGAUAAUAAUAAUGCAAGUUCUAAACAAGAAAUAAGGAAAUGUCCUGUAAUCAUUUGUGGUGAUUUGAACUCUCAUCUGGAUUCUGCAGUUUACGAAUUGUUAAGUACCGGUCAUGUUCAAGUUCAUAAAGACAUUGAAAAUAGAUUCUAUGGUUAUAUGUCUCAAAAGAAUUUUGCGCAUAAUUUAGCCCUACGAUCAAGUUAUGAUUGCAUCGGUGAGCUACCAUUCACUAAUUUCACCCCAUCAUUCACUGAUGUCAUCGAUUAUAUUUGGUAUUCCACCCAUGCUUUACGUGUCCGUGGAGUACUAGGUCCAGUAGACAAAGAUUAUGUUUCUAAAUUCAUUGGUUUCCCUAACGAUAAAUUUCCAAGUGAUCAUAUCCCAUUAUUAGCAAGAUACGAGUUCACUAAAGGUGGGGGUGGCAGUAGAAAAAUCUAA